AUGGAUCAAAACGGAUUCGUGAAAGACGAUGGAGCUUAUAGCUCGAUCGCGAAGCAGUAUGACUUCCUUCGGAUGCCCAAGAGCAAGUACCACGACCCGGAACUAGCAACAGCCGAACAAGAAGUCCUCGACCAGCUCUAUCGCGGCUGGCUGCACUACUGGAACCACGAAUCCCGCGCCGACUUCCACAACGGGAUGGCCGGUGCCCGCCGCUUCUACGACUUCCCAGAGAUGCUCAGCUACGACAUGUUCGGCAACACGAUCCGCGGCAACUUCAACGAGCAUUUCGAGUCGAUUUUCCCCUACUGGAAUGACGGGCAAAUGGAGUUCAAGGAUCUGGAGAUUACGGCCCUGUCGAAGGAUUUUGCCUACUCGACGAUGAUCCAGCAUACCUGGGGCACAGCGGGCGGGACGCCGUUCGAUACUGCGUUCCGGCGCACGGGAAUUGCGCACAAGAGUAAGGAGGAUGGGAAGUGGAGGUGGAUUCAUGAGCAUCUCUCGUUUCCGGUGGAUAUGAAGACUCAAAAGGGGGACUUUACGGCGUCGCUGGAUCCGGGGAAGGGGUUUAAACUCCAGUGA